AGCACGACUGAUGAAUUUGAGCUUUUCUUUUAGGGGAGAUUUUAGCUUUAUUACAUGAAAACAUGAAAAAUCAAAGUAAAAAAAAAAAAUGAAACGUGUAAAACGAGAACGCGGCGACCACAACACGACCAACAUAGUAUAUAUAGACACACAUAUAAUGGUAGAAUACAGCUAAGUAAAGUGAGUCAGCUCCAUAAAGGCACAAACUUUAUUUAUUUCUUAACAAGAAAAAAAAGAAAAAAAUAGAGAGAGAGUAUUUUGAUUUGAAUAUAAUGUAUGGUUGAGUCUCAUAAAUUGUUGGUUGAUAUUGAAUUUUUAUUAAAAGGGAAGGCAAGUAUCGACAAGACUAAAAUUGCUUGGUUCGAAUAAGAGUGUGAGAUUGAUUUUUACGAGAGCAGAAGGCCAUUUGUAUAAGGAUUUGGAGAAAAGAACAAACCCAAUUAAGGCCCUACGGUAAUCUCACCAAUACGUUUAUCUACCGCUUAUUCCACAAAUCUUAUCCACUUCUUUCUCUCUCUCUCUUUCUUCUGCAAUCAAUAUCUUAAUUAAUCUUCACAUUCAUUCUUUUCUCGACCCCUCUUCUUCUUCUUCUUUAUAUUUUAUUAUUAUCUUCUUUUGUUUAUAUUCGUGCGUUAUCUGUUGAGGGAGGCAGAUUGGGAGGUAGGGAGGUUGGAGGAGGAGGAGGAGAAGAAGGAAGAGGAAGGGUUGUUGGGUCUUAGGGUUUUCUUCUUGUUCUUCUUCUUUAAAACCCUCGAGUAAUCUCUUCUGUACUUAAAGACCGCACCUUUUUGAUUCCAAUCGAGGGUAUCAAUUUUUUCGUCAUUUGAGUUUGGAUAUGGCUUUGGUUUCGGUAUUUUUGGAGAUUUUCCGGAGACCCACGAUUGUGGAGGUGUUGGGUGAGCUCGUCUUGUUUAUUGCUCCUCUUUGGAUUGCGGUUUUUGUUGGGGUUGUGGUUGGUUGGGCAUGGAGACCUAAAUGGGCCAGUUUGGUGGGUAGGGAUUUGUCUGAUUGUUCGGCUUCAAAACAAGAAGCUUCUUCGUCUUCGCCACCAACAUCGUCGUCUCUCUACUUUGCUUCGAUGCCAAGCUUGAAUUCGUUAAAAUUUCAGCUGCCUAGUUGCGUUUCUUGGGGUUCUGAAGAUGGGAUUCAAGAGAAUGCUCUCGCCGAACCAGCUAUGGUCAAUUCUGAUUCUGGUUCUUCACGGCCUGCAAACGAAAUUGCUUCUAUUGUGAAUGGAAAUGAUUUGGAGCACCUUUGUCGGAUUGUUGAAGAGAAAGAUGGAGGUCCUGCUUGGAUUAAGAUGAUGGAUCGAUCCACCCAAACUAUGGGCUAUCAAGCAUGGCGUAGGGAUCCCGAGACCGGACCUCCACAAUACCGUAGCAGAACUGUGUUUGAAGAUGCCUCACCUGAGUUGGUGAGGGAUUUCUUUUGGGAUGAUGAGUUUCGAAUGAAGUGGGAUGACAUGCUUAUACAUGCAUCUAUUUUGGAGGAAUGCCCAACUACUGGAGCCAUGGUUGUUCAAUGGGUUCGCAAGUUCCCCUUCUUUUGCAGCGAUAGAGAGUACUUGAUAGGUCGUCGCAUUUGGCAAUCAGGACAGGCUUACUACUGUGUCACUAAGGGAAUACCAUACCCAUCUGUUCCAAGACGCAGCAAACCUAGACGCGUAGACUUAUACUAUUCAAGUUGGUGCAUCCGUCCAGUUGAAUCAAGGAGAGGAGAUGGCCUGAUGACUUCCUGUGAGGUCUUACUGUUUCACCACGAGGAUAUGGGAAUACCCUGGGAACUUGCGAAACUUGGAGUUCGGCAAGGUAUGUGGGGAGCUGUUAAGAAAAUUGAACCUGGCCUGCGCAAAUAUCAGAAGGCUAGAGCAUCUGGAGAACCAUUUUCAAGAUGCGCGCAUUUGGCUCAUAUUAACACGAAAGUCAGUGCCGACUACCUGAAAACAAUAGAAAAUGAUUGUCAAGAUUCAUCAGUGGUGGAAGAACACAACAACACAUUGGAGAAACAAGAAGGAAAAAGCAUACCUAAACUUCUAGUCAUCGGUGGGGCAGUUCUCCUCGCCUGCAGUCUUGAUCAGGGACUAUUAACAAAAGCAGUUAUUUUUGGGGUUGCUCGAAGAUUUGCUAAAAUCGGACGAAGGUUAUGAUCCAGGUUCCAGAAUGAUUUUUUUGCAUGUUCGGCCAUGGAAGAAAUCUCUUCAUUUGUAAAUUGUGAAAAUUGCUCAAAUGGUGGAUUUUCCCACUCAGCUACUUUCAUGAGCUACUACUACUACUACCUUCACAAGCAUUGAAGGUUAUUCUUUUUCUUAGUAUUUAUUUUUCCUUGUUUGGGCGCUAGGAAAGAGCUGUAGAAAUGACAACCCCCGCCAAUAGAGUAAACAGAAAGUGAAGAGAACAGAAAUAAUAGGUUAUUUUCCUGUAUUUAUUAUAAUAUGGAUGUCUUACAAAGUAUCCUCUGCGGCAUGAAAAAAUAACAGGUAUAAUUAUCUUUUCUAUAUACUUUUAAAGAGCUAUAUAUGUUGGGUCAAAAUUUACAUUGAGUAGCAGUGUUAUUUUAUGCUUUUGCUCUUUUUAAAGUAUGAGAUUAUGUAGUGUAAAGUGCUUUAUAUUUGGUGUAACUAUUGGGCAUCCAUGUAGUGGGGAUGAGUGUUUGUUUAGCUGAGUGUAAUUUUUGGGAACUAGUCUCAACUUUCUUAUAUCUCUAAGAAAUAUAUGUCCACUGAUGAAAACUAUGAUAAUUGAUAUAUUUUCAGUAUUUUCUUUAUUAGAUUUAAUAUAUACCAAGUAUCAGGAUGUCUAUCCACUGUCAGCAUUAUGUAAUAUUGUUAAUAAACUAAUAAUAUUUACAACAUUAGAAUA